GCUAGUGUUCGCUCAUUUUCCAGGAAAGAUCUCGGAAUUUGGCUUCUUCGAGAAUGUCUUCCUGGCUACGAAUUCGUGGCGUCCGCGCGUCGUUGCAAGACCAUCCGUUCUGUAAAGCGACAGCAGGAAAUGUGCGAGUCGAACAACGCCACCCAGUAUGAUUUUUGCCCCGAAAAAACUUCUACCGAGUAUGUUGUCGAGGAAAUUCGUGAAGCUCCACGUCAGUGCUCGUGCCCUAACGGCGAAGAGAAUUGCGUAUGCCCAAGUCCGGAAAUUCUAGAACCAGUUAACGUACCAAUCAACUCAGAAAAGGCUCGACGUUCACCGGUGAGCACUUCGGCGGCGAUGUGUUUGACAAGUAGGCGAGAAGGUGCGCUUUUUCUCACUUCAGCAGCAGCAGCAACCGCUCCAGUUCUCACAGUACCAGUCUUGCCCAUGCCCAGUUGCUCAGCCAGCUUGUAUGUGUGUUUCACAGAAUGGAGGGCAACCUGCCCUCAUGUCCAUCAGUUGCUGUCCCCAAGCGCAGGCCACGCCAUGCGUAUGUCAGGUGCAGCAGCAGCCACAGCCACAGCCACAGCCAAUGCAAGUCAUAGAGCAGGUUCGUGCAUGCCACAAAAUUGCCAAACCACAACCACCCAGCAGCAGUACUGUCCUCAGCCAGUGCCCCAGCAAGAAGCUGCCAUCAUCCAACCACAGCCCUGCCCACUUGUACAAGGCGGUGGAGUACAAAAUGCCCAAUAUCAAGGAAUUUGCUCAUGGAUGAUCGAUCCGCUAGCAGUUGAUCCCGAAUCUCGUGCCCACUAUCUCCAGUGCCAGCCAGCUCCCAAUAACUUGUUCUGUGGCCGAUGGCAACGAAUGCCUUGUCCUCCGGCCACCGUUUUCGACGUUCAAGCGCAGGUUUGCGUUUGGGACACAACGGCCACUCCACAGGCAGUCCCUCAGCCAAUGCCUCAGCCGUUGCCUCAGCCCAUGCCUCAGCCGAUGCCUCAGCCGAUGCCCCAGCCCCAACCUAUGCCUCAGCCUCUGCCUCAGACUCCUAUGGCUCCUUGCUCGUGCGUGGGUGGUGUUCAAAUCGGUUCAUGCAAUCAGAACUACCAAUGCCCUGGGCAAUCCGUAUGCCAGGUCGGAACGCAGCAAGGGCAACAGUGUAUGGUAUGCUGCUACUUCCGUAGAAAGGUGCGCCGCUCCUAA